CCUCAACCGCUGCUAUGAAACUUCUCCAUGAGAGUUAGCGUCUCUUGAACCGAAAUCCUGUGGACGAUCCAUCCCACGGCUAUUGGCUCCGCGACGUGAGGUAUGAAUAGCCCAUGACACUAUUCCAGCAUGCCUGGUUGUUUGGGAAUGCUCCCUGCUACGUGUAAAUUUGGGGCUUUUGGUUUCCUCACGCUGCCAUGUAAGCAAUGCCAAGAUCAUCUGCAUCAUCUUCUUGAAGACCAUCGUCUUUACUGUUCGCCUUAUUAAGCCCUGCUUACAUUCUCACUGAUCGUUCUCUCAUCUUUGUCCUUAUCCAUAUCUCCGUUGACCCGAUUUCGACCAAGGUGCUCGAGACCAGUCGUAGUAUAUCAACCUCUUAACCUGCAGACUAAAUCCAAACGAGCUGCGAAGGAAACGAUCCCAUCAGGAUGACAACGUUCGAUGGAAAUACGUGGUGGUGGAUCACAGAGACCCGUGUGAACUACACAUCUGCUCUAUUCUGGUCCAGUAACUCCUUACAUUUCAGUGUAAACGAUACUGGAGACAGUGGAAUGUACUGGCAGAUCUACACACUACCGAAUGGAAAUGUUCAAUUCCGCAAUAAGAACUCGAAUACGCUAAAGCAGCUGGGAACAUGUUACGUGGCAGAUGAGGUCUCGUCGUCGAAACUGCAGUUGUGCAUGGAAGACUCGAAUGCGCAGAACUCUCAGCAGUGGACCAUAUCUGCUUGGGGUGAUGGCACAUAUAAGAUCAACAAUGUUGCCAACGGUACAAGUCUCAACGCUGACUGGCAUCCUGGUGGACCAGGUUUUAUGUCCCCAAAUACGAACGUGACGCCAAUACAGCCGGCCCAGCAUUGGCUAUUUAGCAGCAUCGGCCUCGUUCAAGACGGCCUCUACUCCACAUCUAUCGAACCGACUGCCACUGGAGCUGGGUCGUCGGGCACGAAAACAAACACGCCUGCUUCCGCAACUGCAGCGGCAACUGAAACUGGCAACGGUGCCGCCUCCACUUCCUCAUCUACCUCGAGCGCAUCACCAGUACAACAAAGCUCGAGCUCAGGUCUGUCAGGCGGUGCCGCAGCAGGAAUUGGCAUUGGUGUGGCUGCAGCAGUGAUAGGACUAGUAGCGCUUGCAUUCUUCAUCAUCCGGAGAAGGAAAACUAAAGCAAAGGAAAUUGCGGUACAGGAACUUCCAGACACUGGCCCUGGCGAUAUUGGUGCCGUUGGCAACGCUGCGCGAGGGAAGACAUACGAAAAGGUUGGCGCGCCAGUCUACGAGGCCCCAUCACACCAGCCAACUUAUGAAAUGUACAGUUCACCUGUGGAAUUGCCUUCUGAGGGGAGCGGCGGUCAACCUAAGUGAUUAGAUUGCCAAUCUGCUUUGUGGUUCUUGUAUAUUUUGGCAUUCUUUUGGGUAAAAGCGGAAAGCAAGCAUUUUGAAACACGAUACCCAAGCAUAGUCUGCUUACAAACGAAGGAAGAAGGGAAAAGUAUUGUAGAGGAUGACUACAUAGACGUGAGAAGGUAAUGUUUGUCCAAUAUGAUAUUUGCUGCAUUAGCGAUGGGUGCUUAGUCAGAGAAUUGCUUCAAAACCACAGGUUCAAUAUUAAAGCCACG